AUGGGCAGCAAUAAACGCGAAAGUGGCCAUGUCCCUCAACAGAGAAGUCCGCCAACAAAACGGGCCUUUGAAAUUGCAGGUAGCCCGGUGUGUGUCUCGCAGGUCUCCGAUGAGAUCGGGAUAUGGAUGAACAGUAUCAUGAAGGAUGCAACUGCAAUGUGCCAUUCUGAUGGACUGUCGCCGCAGCAUCGUGAGACCCUUGGCGUGAUAUGCAGCAAUAUGAGCAGGAUACAGCGAGCGAAGAACGAUCUGAUGGACUGUCUGCUCGUGGAAGCAAACGAGCUGACCUUGCAGCCGGCAUCUUAUGCGUUCCGAGGCUAUAUGAUUCCUAUGUUUAAUGAACUUGCGUCCGUCGCCGCUGCCAAAGGUAUUACAAUUGCCUUCGAGAUCGACAGUUGUGUUCCAGAAUAUCUGAUCUACGAAGCCCCGCGGCUCCAUCAAGUCUUAUUUAAUGUGACCGCUAAUGCUAUCGCCCGCACAGCUAAGGGAGAGGCCAAGGUUACAGUGAAGAAGCCGUCUCAGGAAAGCUCCCAUGGACCUAUCGAACUCGAAUUUUCUAUCUCAAAUUCAAAUUUACUGGAAGAAAAACAAUCUGGCCCAACGCCGUUUCAAUCGUACCGAAAAAUCAACAAUUCGUCUUUGGAGAGAUGGACUGAUGCAACUGGAACCACACAAGCGAUAACAAGACAGUUGAUCCGAUUGAUGGGGGGAAGAACGUGGACUUCUUGUGAGGCGGCGCAUUCGUCUAUGAUUCACUUUACUAUCACGGCUGCUACGCCGUCUCUGACACCUAUGAUCUCAAAUAUCUCGAAAUUCAAAGAAAGCCGGAUUUUGAUCGUGGAUGAUGAAGAUGAUAGUGAUGAUGAAACCCUUAAGGAUAUGCUCGGCGAUUUCCCUCUCGAUACUCUUGUCCUAAAACUAGAAGACCUCCUCUCUACCCAGGCCAAUCCCUACCCACAUAAACUUCAGCCCAAUGCUCCCUUUGAGGCAAUCAUUGUCAAUUCCGUCAAGUUGCUACGCAAAUUAGGAACGAUAACCUUGCCCAAUUCGGCUCCGUUAAUUCUCCUGGACUCGAGAGAAACUCUUGAUUUGACGUCCGUGUUUGGCCUGGAGGAAUCCUCAUAUUACAUCUCGUCUCGUACCAAGACCGACCUCGCAUAUUCUAUCCAUAAGGCCUUCGAUUCAGUGCCGUUGCCAGUCAACUGUCGCGUCCUUGCCGCCGAACCAGACCGGAUGAAUAGACUACUUCUUUCCAGGAUGCUGGAUAGCUUUUACACUGGAGACUGCACCGUCUGCGAAGACGGCAGGCAAGCUUUUGAGUACGUUACUAGGCAAAAGUAUGACAUUAUUUUAAUGAAAUUCGCGGGCCCUGGUACGCAUGGCGAAGAGGCUGCUGUUAAUAUACGUGCAUACGAAAGGAAAAAGAGAAUGCCUCAUACUCCACUUAUUGCUUUGGCGCCCCGUUCCUUCAUUGCUAGUGGUUUGGCAAUACCGGAAAUUUUCGAUGGCUAUGUUGAAACCCCGAUUUGGAAAAGAGAUCUAAGUCGAACAAUGAUUAGUUGGAUACGAAAGUCUAGAUUAUGUGAAAACUAUGAAAACGAAUAA